AUGUACCCCGCCUACAAAUAUUCAUCCCACAAUCGACAGGGAAAGCCCACCCUUUCAACCACCCACGACUCUCAAAAAACCACCGAUAUGUCGUCGACCAACCAAGACGCAGCCUCGCUGCAAUACACUUGCAACACCUGUCUUGUUGCUUUCCAACGCAGCGAUGCACAGAGAGAUCAUAUGCGCAAAGACUGGCAUCUAUACAACAUGAAGCGUCGUAUCGCUUCCCUGCCACCAGUCACCCUCGAAACAUUCAACGAAAAAGUUCUUGCCGCCAAAGCUACAUCCAACGAGGCCGCCGCCAAGGCUUCGUAUGAAAACACUUGCCAUACAUGCAACAAGGCAUUCUACAGCGAAAACUCGUACCGAAAUCACAUCAACAGCUCAAAGCACAAGCAACAGUUCCGCUUUUCUCUCGGCGAACCCGUUACCAAGUCCGACAAUGACGUCAGCAAGGUCACCGAGGGCCUCAAGACUGCUACCAUUGAUGAAGAAGAAGAUGAGGAUAUGGAGUCUGAUAUCAAAAAAGACGAGUUCUUGCCGUCUCGCUGCCUCUUCUGCAAAACCGACUCAACUGAUAUUCAUACCAACGUGGACCACAUGCGCAUAGACCACGGCAUGUUCAUCCCCGAGCAAAAAUAUUUGGCGGAUCUCGAUGGCCUCGUGAAUUAUCUCUACCGAAAAAUUACCGAAAACUUUGAGUGCCUUUACUGCCACGCCAUCAAGAACGAUGCACAAGCCAUCCAAACCCACAUGCGCGACAAGAGCCACUGCAUGAUUGCUUUCGAGUCCGAAGAAGAGCAAGUUGAAAUCGGCCAAUACUACGAUUUCCGGAGCACCUACUCCGACGAUGAGGAUGAAUCCACUGCCGAGAGCGGCGGCGUCAAGGUGAAUGGCGAUGGAGACGACCAAGGUUGGGAAACCGAGAGUUCCGCCUCCUCCAUCGACGAGGACGAUCUCGACUCAUACCGAAACGCAGCAGGUGCCUACGAGGCAGACUACGAGCUCCACCUUCCAUCUGGAAAGAGUGUCGGUCAUCGUUCACUUGCCAAAUACUACAGACAAAAUCUCCACAAAUACCCCACAGCCGCUGAACGAGCUGCCCGCCAGCUUGCCAUUGCGAACGGAGAAAUCGAGGAGGAACAGCCCCGCGGCCGCACCAGCCAUCACCGCGCUCUUACCACUCGUGCCAACGGUGGCAUGGGCCUGAUUAAAGCCACUGAAGAACAAAAGGAAGCUGCUCUCACUGCCGAGCGCCGCGAGAGAACUCGUGCCCUUCGCCAAGAGAACCGCUACGUUGCCCGCGUCCAAAGAGCCAACAAUCACCAGAAGCACUACCGGGAUCCCCUUCUGCAAUGA